AUGGACUUCCAUUUCGUGACCGCAUCAGGCGAAUCAGAGGGCUCCACGUGGAUAGAAGCGGUGCACCUGGUGCUGCCACCUGUCAUCCCGCGGUCCUCCUCUCAGGCCACGUUGGAUGCGCUACAGGCGCCAAACGGCACAGCUGGCAUGGAACCUCUGUUGGACCCCAAGUGGGAGGCGGGCUUUAAGAGCACCAAGAGGGUGUUCGCGUGCCUGCUGCUGCUGGGCUGCCUCCUCUAUAUCGCCGCGUUCCUCUACGCACCUUUCUCUGUGAGUGCUGCCCCAGACGCACCUUUCUCUGUGAGUGCUGCCCCAGACGCACCUUUCUCUGUGAGUGCUGCCCCAGACGCACCUUUCUCUGUGAGUGCUGCCCCAGACGCACCUUUCUCUGUGAGUGCUGCCCCAGACGCACCUUUCUCUGUGAGUGCUGCCCCAGACGCACCUUUCUCUGUGAGUGCUGCCCCAGACGCACCUUUCUCUGUGAGUGCUGCCCCAGACGCACCUUUCUCUGUGAGUGCUGCCCCAGACGCACCUUUCUCUGUGAGUGCUGCCCCAGACGCACCUUUCUCUGUGAGUGCUGCCCCAGACGCACCUUUCUCUGUGAGUGCUGCCCCAGACGCACCUUUCUCUGUGAGUGCUGCCCCAGACGCACCUUUCUCUGUGAGUGCUGCCCCAGACGCACCUUUCUCUGUGAGUGCUGCCCCAGACGCACCUUUCUCUGUGAGUGCUGCCCCAGACGCACCUUUCUCUGUGAGUGCUGCCCCAGACGCACCUUUCUCUGUGAGUGCUGCCCCAGACGCACCUUUCUCUGUGAGUGCUGCCCCAGACGCACCUUUCUCUGUGAGUGCUGCCCCAGACGCACCUUUCUCUGUGAGUGCUGCCCCAGACGCACCUUUCUCUGUGAGUGCUGCCCCAGACGCACCUUUCUCUGUGAGUGCUGCCCCAGACGCACCUUUCUCUGUGAGUGCAAUCCAGGCGGUACAGGCGGUGCAGGCUGCAGCACCUCAGAAUGUGUCUGCUGCUGGGCUGCCUCCUCUAUAUCGCUGCCUUUCUCUGUGA